AUGGGCAACAUGGCAACAGAGAUCGUUGCCUUUGUCCUGACCAUCUCCGGGUGGAUCCUGGUGGCGUCCACUCUGCCGAUAGACUACUGGAAGGUGUCCUCUGUGGACGGGACGGUCAUCACCACAGCCACCUUCUGGUCUAACCUUUGGAAAACGUGUGUGACCGACUCCACCGGCGUGUCCAACUGCAAGGACUUCCCUUCGAUGCUGGCGCUGGACGCCUACAUCCAGGUGUGUCGGGGUCUGAUGAUCGCCGCCGUAAUUCUGGGGUUCUUUGGUGCCAUCUUGGCCUUGGUAGGAAUGAAGUGUACCAAAAUAGGAGGCUCGGAGACCACCAAGGCUCGCCUGACCGUCCUCUCGGGCUUCCACUUCGUCCUCAGCGGCCUCUGCUGCAUGACUGCAUGCUCCAUAUAUGCUCACAGGGUCACAACCGACUUCUUUGACCCCUUCUUUGUUGCCCAGAAAGCUGAAUACUCGUACGCCGGAGCUGUGUCGUUUGUUACAGCACGCAACAAGCACAGCAAGACAGUCAACAGCCUCCACAAAGAACCAGGAGAGCCGUCGAGGCAGUUUGGAAGAAAUGCCUAUGUGUGA